AAAUUGUCACUCGGAGGCUCAGAGUCGGGGCUAACAGUUGCUUGUGAACAGCUGACUGACUAAAUCAAUCGUAAUCAAAAUAAUCCAGUGUUAAUAAUCGCUUAUGUCAACGAAAAUUUGGAAAGUCAAGGUGAUGAGCAUUUGUAAAUUACCGUGCAGCUUUCAUUAUUGGUGAUUGACUUGGUAAAUUCAUGCGAGGAAUUGAGAAAUAAAUCGUCUCUAAUCAGGAAAUUAGAGUUGGAAUAAUAAAUUGGCAAUGUUAAACGUUGAGGACGUGAUAAUGGAGGAGAAAAUUGAGACGCUGAGCCCCGGAGUUGAGGAGAUGGGGUUGAGACAUCGUAUCCCCUGGAGCGAUCGUGUUUCCUUAAACAGUGACAUACCGGGUUUCCACGAGGUCAAAGAGUUGCUGGAGGACGACGAUGCCAGCUGUUUGGCAGAGGAGGAGGAUGGGGUUGGGUGUCCUCUUCCCUCCACCCCCGAGGACGAUCACCUCCUCGAUUGUGAAAUGACUGAAGUACUCAAGGCAGGAGUUCUCAGCGAUGAGAUUGAUCUAGGAGCUCUAGCUCACAAUGCAGCUGAGCAGGCAGAGGAAUUUGUUCGAAAGUACUGGUUACAGGUUUGGGAGGCAUCGUGGAAACAGUGUCAUUUUCGUAAUUUACCAAGGUGGCUGCAGGACAACGAUUUUCUACAUGCUGGACAUCGUCCACCCUUGCCGUCCUUCUACGCUUGUUUCAAGAGUAUCUUCCGUAUUCACACAGAGACUGGCAAUAUCUGGACUCAUUUAUUGGGUUGUGUAGCCUUUAUAGGAAUAGCAAUAUUCUUCCUAACACGACCGCCCAUGGAAAUCCAAUUCGAGGAGAAGAUUGUCUUUGCAACAUUUUUUGCUGGUGCAAUAAUAUGCCUUGGCAUGUCCUUCGCCUUUCACACUGUUCACUGUCACAGUGAGUGUGUUGGAAGGUUAUUUUCAAAGCUCGAUUACUGCGGUAUUGCAAUGCUCAUAAUGGGUAGCUUCGUACCCUGGCUUUAUUACGGUUUUUACUGCGAUUAUCAGCCAAAACUCAUUUAUCUGUCUGUCGUCGUUGCUCUUGGGAUCACGAGUAUUGUUGUAUCAUUAUGGGAGAGAUUUGGUGAACCCAGUUAUCGACCUCUCAGGGCAGGUGUCUUCAUGGGAUUCGGUCUCAGUGGAGUGAUACCUGCAGUACAUUAUGCCAUUGCUGAGGGCUGGUUCAAGGCUAUCAGUCAAGCCUCUCUCGGUUGGCUCAUACUCAUGGGCUGUCUCUAUGUGUUAGGGGCAUUGUUUUAUGCACUCAGAGUUCCAGAACGAUUUUUUCCAGGAAAAUUUGAUAUUUGGUUCCAGAGUCAUCAGAUAUUCCAUGUGCUGGUGAUAGCAGCUGCCUUCGUUCAUUAUCAUGGUAUUACCGAAAUGGCAAUGUACAGAAUGACUAUUGGUGAUUGUGCCAAUCCAGCACAGGUUCUAGCCUUUUAAUUGUUGUUUCAUUUAUACGGGUGUUAUGGAAUCUUGUAUCAAGGUGUCUCUUCAAUACUCGAGAUUUAUCCACUAUUUUAUCUAUUUUUUCAUUUCCUCGGUCGUCCAUAAUGCGUUUUUACUGAUUAUAGUUGGGAUAUUUUGGGAUUAUUUUAUUCUCAUUCAGUGCUUGAGAAAAAUUUACGUAAUUAAUCACUAAAAAUUUAGUUAUCUUUCGUAGUGAUUAUUUUUUUCAACGGAAAAAUAGAUCAGAACUCCAGGGAAAUAGUGGAAAAAAUAACGGACAAAUUUAAUUAAAAAAUCGUUAUUGAUUUAGUACCAAUGGAGCAUUAAUUUAGUACAGAUGAUUUCCCAGGGGACGUCUCUCAAUUCAUCAUACGAAUACUUUAUUUUCUAAAUUUUUAUAGAUUCAGGGGAGUUCUUAGGCAUAAAUUAAUUAUUGCAACAUGACUUUUUUUUUGGAAAGAUCAUUUUUGGAGGGACACGAGUGGAGCAAAGAGAAUAAAAUUAAAAAUGUGAUAAAUAAUUUAAAGAACAUCGACAAUUUUCUAUAAAGUUUCCUCAGGUGUUUAUCUUCCAAAUGGGGCUGAUUAUUCUCUCUGAAGAUAUAAUAAACAGAAGUUAAAUGGAGUAUCAUUUUUUCGCACUCAUCUGAACGAUGAAAUUCCAUUGGUUUUCUAGCCAUUUUAUUUACUUAUUAACUUUUUAUCAAUGCAAAUCAAUAGAACGAUUAAUCACUACAAGAAACAUCACCUAUAAAUGAUCUUUACAGAUUUUUGAUUAUUCAUGGUAAAAGGAGUCAUGUGAUGCUGUAUAUUAGCAUUUAUAUCUUAUUGAAAUCUUUAAAUAAAUAAAUGUGUAAAUAUU